AAUUCUUAAAAAUUUAAAAAAAAAAUGUUAUCGGAUUAGUCCAGUAACAUUGGCAUGGAGAUUUAUAAUUCCUCAUGGAUAGGACUUUCUCCAAAAUUGAUCAAGUCAAUGAUAGUUGUGAUUAGAAGAUCACAGAAGCCGAUAACAAUGAGAAUAGGAGGUAUUAUGCCAAGAUUAUCUCUGUCAUAUUAUGCUCACUUUUUACCGAUUUUCUGCAUUAGGACAGCAAACGUACACCUUUAAGUGUCUUAUGCACAAUUAAAGUGCAAAUACAUUUUUGUACCAUUGAUAAUUGUUUGAAAUCACCUGAUCUAAUAUAAUAAGUUGGCA